GUGCCGGAAGGAAAGAUCGGCCGGGUUUGUGGCGGAAGGACUCGGGCGCGGGCAUCAUGUCGCGGGCCAAGGCAGCUAUAGUCCUGUGUAUGGAUGUUGGCUCUUCAAUGAGUAAUUGUGUUCCUGGAGAAGAGUCUCCUUUCGAACAAGCAAAGAAAGUGAUGACCCUGUUUGUGCAGCGACAGGUAUUUGCUGAGAGUAAAGAUGAAAUUUCCUUGGUUUUAUUUGGUACAGAUGGUACUGGAAACACUCUCGCCAGUGAGAAUCAGUAUCAGCAUAUUACUGUACACAGACACCUGUUUCUGCCAGAUUUUGAUUUGUUGGAAGACAUACAAAAUGUGGUUCAGCCAGGCACGGGACAAGGAGACAUUCUCGAUGCCCUUAUUGUGUGCAUGGAUUUGCUUCAAAAGGAAACAGUAGGGAAAAAAUAUGACAAACGACACAUAGAGGUUUUUACUGACCUUAGCAGUCCCUUUAGCGAGGAUCAGCUGGACAUUAUUGUGACUAACAUGAAGAAAACCGGGAUCUCGCUGCAGUUUUUCUUGCCAUUUCCAGUGAAAGAUAUAGACGGAAGUGGGGAUGCGGAUGAUGAGGCACGUUCCGGUAGGCACCAAAGCUCUUUUCCAAGAAAGGGGCUAACUGAGCAGCAAAAAGACGGUCUCCUAAUGGUGAAGAAGCUCAUGUUUGCACUGGACAAAGAAGAUGGUCUGGAGGACAUUUACACUUUCAGGGAGAGUCUGGAGUGCCUUUCUAUGUUUAAGAAGAUUGAACGGAGACCAAUGGCUUGGCCCUGCCAGCUCACCAUUGGUUGUAAAUUGUCUAUAAGGAUCAUAGCCUAUAAAUCAAUCUUACAUUCCAGAGUGAAAAAAAGCUGGAUGGUUGUAGAUGCCAAGACACUAAAAAAAGAUGACAUACAAAGAGAAACUGUCUACUGCUUGAAUGAUGAUGAUGAAACAGAAGUUCAGAAAGAGGAUAUUAUUCAAGGGUUCCGCUUUGGAAGUGAUGUAAUCCCUUUCUCUAAAGUAGAUGAGGAACAAAUGAAAUACAAAACAGAUGGAAAAUGCUUUGCUGUCUUGGGAUUCAGCAGAUCGUCUCAGAUCCUGAGACAUCACUACAUGGGCAGCCAAGUUUUGAAAGUAUUUGCAGCAAAGGAUGAUGAGGCUGCGGCAGUUGCUCUUUCUGCCCUGAUUCAUGCUUUGAAUGAGCUGGAUAUGGUGGCGAUAGUGCGUUAUGUCUAUGAUAGAAGAUCUAACCCCCAGGUUGGGGUAGCUUUUCCAUUAAUUAAGAAUGACUAUGAGUGUUUGGUGUACAUGCAGUUACCUUAUAUGGAGGAUCUGAGGCAGUACAUGUUUUCUUCCUUGAAAAAGAAUAAAAAAUACACUCCAGCAGAGGAUCAGUUGUGUGCCGCUGACUCCCUGAUUGAUUCUAUGAACUUAGUUUAUGAAGAUGAGAGAGAAGAGACAGUGGAGGAUAUAUUUAAAACCAGCAAAUUUCCAAACCCUCAAUUCCAACGAUUAUUCCAGUGCCUGCAGCAUAAGGCUUUCCAUCCUGAUGCACCUCUGCCUCCUGUUGAAAAGCACCUCAUGGACAUGUUGGAGACACCUCAAGAAGUGAUGGGAAGAUGCCUGGCCCCUCUUGAGAAGUUGAAAGCACUCUUCCCCUUGAAGGAUGUGGGCAAAAUAAAAGAGCAAAAGACAGCACAAGCUAUCUUCAAAGACUCUAGUGAAGAUGGGCCCAAUACUAAAAAGGCAAAAACUGAAGAUGAUGAAGGUAACUUCAACAUUGGGCACCUUGCUGAAGGCAGUGUCACCACAGUUGGAAGUGUUAAUCCAGCAGAAAACUUCAGAGAUCUGGUGAGGCAGAAAAAUGUUAACUUCAAGGAAGUCAGUCAGCAGCUGAUAAACCACAUUCACCAGUUUUUGGAAAACAGAGGAGUACCAUACUAUAUGAAGAGCAUUAAUUGCAUAAACGUUUUCAGAGAGGAGGCUGUUAAGCUGUCACAAGUGCAGUGCUUUAAUGAUUUUCUGGAAGCCUUGAAAAAACAGGUGGAAGAUAAAAACUUACCUGAUUUCUGGGAAAUCAUAAUACAAGAUGGCAUCUCCUUGAUUACCGAAGAAGAAGCUGAAGGAAGCUCUGUGACAGUGGAAGACGCCAAAGAGUUCCUUGCUCCCAAAGAAAAGUCCAUGGAAAUUUCACCAGUGGCAGAUGAAGGUGGAGAUGUUGAUGAUCUUCUGGACAUGAUUUAAGUGGCUUAGCAGUAUCCCGCAAUCUGUGAUCAGAAGAUGUCUCUGGGAUUCAGGAAGAGCAACAUCAUAAUUUCACUAGUGUGAGAUUGGAAGAGAAUACUGUUAUAAGUCUGGAUUGACUUCCUGUGUGAGAGUGCGUUUCUUGGCUUGCUUAAAGCCAUACUUUAAAGUAUGGCAUGAAUGUUAAUAAAUAAUUUCAAAAUCUGUUCCAAAUACCCAUGAACUAGCAAUGCAGCAGUCACAGCCAGUGUUCACCUGUACUUAUGCAUUGGUGUCCUGCCAUUUCCAAUUUAGCACCCUCUAAACCAGGGGUGUCGAACCCAUUUGUCAUG